GUCGGCGCCGCCCGCCCCCGGCCCGCCCCCUAUGGGCCCCGGUUAGAGGUGCCGCCGCCGCCGGCCCGCGGAGCCCCGAUGCUGGCCCGGAGGAAGCCGGUGCUGCCGGCGCUCACUAUCAACCCCGCCAUCGCCGAGGGCCCGUCCCCCACCAGCGAGGGCGCCUCCGAAGCAAACUUGGUAGACCUCCAGAAGAAGCUAGCAGAGCUUGAACUCGACGAGCAGCAGAAGAAGCGUCUGGAAGCCUUCCUCACCCAGAAGGCCAAGGUCGGAGAGCUCAAGGACGAUGACUUCGAAAGGAUCUCGGAACUGGGGGCCGGGAACGGCGGGGUGGUCACCAAGGUCCAACACAGACCCUCUGGCCUCAUCAUGGCGAGGAAGCUGAUCCACCUGGAAAUCAAGCCGGCCAUCCGGAACCAGAUCAUCCGCGAGCUGCAGGUGCUGCACGAGUGUAACUCCCCGUACAUCGUGGGCUUCUACGGGGCCUUCUACAGCGACGGCGAGAUCAGCAUCUGCAUGGAGCACAUGGACGGCGGCUCUCUGGACCAGGUGUUGAAGGAAGCCAAGAGAAUUCCCGAGGAGAUCCUGGGGAAGGUCAGCAUCGCGGUUCUCCGGGGUUUGGCGUAUCUCCGGGAAAAGCACCAGAUCAUGCACCGAGAUGUGAAACCGUCCAACAUCCUCGUCAACUCCCGAGGGGAGAUCAAGCUGUGCGAUUUUGGGGUGAGCGGGCAGCUCAUCGACUCCAUGGCCAACUCCUUCGUGGGAACUCGGUCCUACAUGUCUCCAGAGCGGUUGCAGGGCACUCACUACUCCGUGCAGUCGGACAUCUGGAGCAUGGGCCUGUCCCUGGUGGAGCUGUCCAUCGGAAGGUACCCCAUCCCCCCGCCGGAUGCCAAGGAGCUAGAGGCCAUAUUUGGCCGGCCCAUGGUUGACGGGGCAGAAGGAGAGCCUCACAGCAUCUCACCACGGCCGAGACCCCCUGGACGCCCCAUCAGUGGCCACGGGACGGACAGCCGGCCGGCCAUGGCCAUCUUCGAGCUGCUGGACUACAUUGUGAAUGAGCCACCUCCCAAGCUGCCCAGCGGUGUCUUCACCCAGGACUUCCAGGAGUUUGUAAAUAAAUGCCUCAUUAAGAACCCAGCGGAGCGAGCCGACCUGAAGACGCUCACGAACCACACCUUCAUCAAGCGGUCCGAGGUAGAAGAAGUGGACUUCGCCGGCUGGUUGUGUAAAACGCUGCGGCUGAACCAGCCCAGCACGCCCACACGCACCGCCGUGUGACGGGGUCCCCCCGGCACCCCGCUCUCCCCCGCCCGCCCGCCCGUCUCCGGGGAGGGCGGCCCUGCUCCUGGCGUCUUCUCAGACCUGCUUCCUUAGGUUCAAAACAAAACAGGGAAAAGAAAAAGCAAACUGUGCCCAUCGUACUUGUUCCAUUUGUUCUGGGGGGUCAGCCCCUGGCCCAGUCCCAGGGCGGGAGAGCCGCCCGGGGAGGCAGCGCCAGCCCCGAGCCCUCCGCCCGCCGCCCACCGGGGGAGGAGGGGGUGGGGGUGGCACCAGGAGCCGGCCUCACUCUGUUCCCAAGGGAUGCGGCCUCGGAGGGGACCUCUGGACACCGGCGUCCUUCACCGGACAGGGAGGGGUGCCCCCGCCCCCUCCCCCCGACGCCCAGCACUGUCCCUGGAGGUGGCCGUGGGGUCGGCCCCUCUGCCCUCCCCACCGCCUCUUGUCACUCAGCGUCCCGUGACCUGCGCCUCAGGAGGGACCCGCUCAGCCCCGCCCUGUGCUCAGGGGACAGACACUUCUGACUUCACGGCAGCGAGCCGGCACCCGGCAGAAAGGAUGUGGCGGGUUUCCAAGCUGUCGGCGGAGCCAGCAGACGAGGCCUCUGCCGUCCCCGAGCCUGCGCACCGCCAGAUGCGACCAGGUGGCUCCUCGUGUCCCGUCCGCUUUCCCAGAUUCGGGAGUGACUGCCCAGGGCGGGUCACUCGGGCCGUCCGCGGGGUCAGCCGCAGCCGCUGGGAGAGGGAGGUGGUCCCAGUUCCUCGUCCGUCGGGGCCCGGCCGCGCUGCCCCUGGAGCCGCUUCUGAGACUUUCUGUCCUCGGAGCCCCGGAGAAGACGGAACUGGGAGCCGGGGGCUCCCCUGGACGCUGCCCGCGGGCUGGGACGAGCCAACGCUCAGCUUCGGGGAAUCGCAGGAGGAGCCCUCGUCUCCUGUGGACACCAGAGAGACGGGUUGCUGGCUCCUUCGACCGGCUUUCAGGGUCCUCCACUUCCCAGAUCCCCCAAAGUCUCACCUGGUCGGGAGGAGAAUAAAGAUAAGCGGAAGUC